UAAGACAGUGUGCGUAAUAUGCGUAAUAGGCCAUUGUGUGUGCAGCAUGCCUCAGUUUAAUUGCAUAUGCACUUGUGUUAUAACCCAUAGUAAUUACAGACUAUCUGCUUAUUUGUGUUAAUUUUGCAGGUGGAUACUGUUUGACCAAUACUUCUGUUUCCGUUUUAGUGUCAAUUUCGAAACCGCGUGCACGCAAACAUUAGAAAUAAACACAUCUUAUCUCACGUCCGCUCAAACCCAUGUGGGAUCUGGGCUUUCCGCUUCAACUCACAGCUGUUGCCUCAUCCACUGACAUCAGCACCAUCAGGCAGACAUGGACGUGCAUCUAGAUGGAUUAUUUCUCCAUAACACCACCUAUGACUAUGGUAAUGACUAUGUAUAUGAAGAGGACUCUGGGCCAGGAAGGAGCAAGGUGGUGGUGAUCCCGUUUGUGUACUCUGUAGUGCUUGCUCUGGGUCUGUUGGUGAAUGGGAUCCUCCUUGCCGUUCUGGCUCUGAAGAGACAAUCCUGGAGUAUGUCUGACACCUUUAUACUCCACCUGGGACUGGCCGAUGUCCUUUUACUGCUGACGCUACCCCUCUGGGCCUCACAGGCGUCCCUUCAGUGUGGAUGGUGCUUUAGGGGCAUUACCUGCGGGAUCGGCUGGGCUGUUUUUAAUAUGAGCUUCUACUGUGGGAACUUCUUGCUAGUUUGUGUGACCCUGGACUGUUACCUGUCCAUUGUCCGUGCCAUCCAGCUCUUCUCCCACAAAAGUCCAUGGUUCGCUCAUAUCAGCUGUGUCUUCAUAUGGCUCGUCUCGCUGCUUCUCAGUAUCCCAGACUGGGCUUCAGCAGUGUCCCAAAAACAGGGACAUCAGGAGGAUCAGACAGUUUGUGAACCCAACUUCGACCUGUCAAAGUGGCAGCUGGCAUCACGCCUGAUUCACCUUGUGCUGGGCUUCCUGCUGCCUGUCGCCAUCCUGAUCUUCUUCUAUUAUAUCCACCAGCAGCUGCAGAUCAGCAAAAAAAGCUUCAAGAAGCAGAAAACUGUUCUGGUAAUCCUGGCUCUGGUGUCCUUUCUCUCUUGGCUGCCAUACAACAUCACCCUCAUCGUGGACACCUUCAUGAGCCUUACAAGGGUAUCUCAGAAAACUUCAUCUGUAAAUCCUGGAGGGUCCCUAAAAGUCACCCUGAUGGUCACUUCUGCUCUGUGUUGUGCUCAUGCCGCCCUCAGGCCUCUGAUCUACAUGGGCCUGUGUGGAAACUUCAGAAAAAGGACACUAGCUUUGCUCAGAUGUAGAAGCGUUGACUCUAAGGGUUCUCUGUGGGAGUUGGGAGUGGGUGACGAAACAGAGCCCGGUCAGUGUCAUGAGGGAGAAGAGUUGAAACAGAUGACAAGUGUUGAGCAUCAGGUGCAGUCAUCACAGUGCUGAUAAAUGGACACAACAGCUCCUUGAUGACUCAACACUGACCUGAACAUUUCCACCCAUAGGGGAAGUUACUGUAGGCUGAAGUCAUGUCAUGGGGUUGUAGGAUGGGGUGUCAUAUUUUGUGCAAUGAUGAGAGACAGAUAUUUAUAAACAUGACUCUCACGUCACAUUUAAUAUUCACGUAGCAGUGCCACAUCACCAUGAUAUUAUGUGUUAUUUUUAUUUAAUUUUCAUUUUUAUCCUAAUCACUGCAACUCAAUUCAUAGUUUUAAAGUUAAUGAGUUAUUUUUCUAUCACUUGUGCGUAUUUGUUUAGGAACACAAAAAUAGGGUUGGACGAUAUGGAUGUAAGAUGAUACCACAAUAUAUUUAACCUACAGUACAAUAUACAGUUCUGUGCAGAAGUCUUAGCUUUAGCGUUGUUUUUGCAGGGUUGAAAUGAGCAUACAUAUUUAUUUCUUGUUCUCUUUUCCUCAGAUGCAACAUGAAAAUAUAGAAAUUAUAUGCACAACCUUAAGACACACAAAAGUUGAACUAAAUGGGUUCUUAAGCUUAAAAUGACAAUACAGAAUGUCAAAUACAUAUAUGCGGUCAUAAUUUUAUUAAACCAACAAACUGAGGAAAUGUUUUACAGUACUGUAAAUGCCAGUUUUUUGUUUUUUUUACAGAACAAAAGCAUUAACUUUACAGAGUUGUUAAGACUCACUACAAAGGGACUUAAAUAAACUUAGCCUAGCAUUAUUGAUGCUAUAAACAACCCAUGAUCCAGUGCUCUCUGUCAGUACUGCUUCAAGGAGAUAAGAGAGAACCAGAAAUGCAAAAUGGAACAAGAAUCUCUCGAUCCGUGGUGCAGAGUAUUCCAAAUAUUGUCCGGCCCUACACAUAUUAUGUGUAUUAUCGUAAGGGGAAAAAACAGCUAUUGUACAUUUACUAUAAAGCUGAUGCCGUUUGUCUGCAGUAAGACAGAAUAUAAGCUGUUAUCUUGAUGACGUUAUCGUAAGCUUAUCAUAAAUCAAGCCGUCAGACAGUGUUUAUGGCUUUAUUACCUAUAAACUCAGACUGAACCAGA